GAAGGGGCCGACUGGAGAGCCCAGGACAGAGAAAGCAGAUCUCUUCUUUUUCCAAGGACUCUGUGUCUUCCAGAGGCAAUAUGUCAGAAGGGGUGGGCACGUUCCGCAUGGUCCCUGAAGAGGAGCAGGAACUCCGUGCCCAGCUGGAGCAGCUCACAACCAAGGACCACGGACCCGUAUUUGGUCCGUGCACCCAGCUGCCCCGCCACACCCUGCAGAAGGCCAAGGAUGAGCUGAAUGAGAGAGAGGAGACCCGGGAGGAGGCGGUUCGAGAGCUGCAGGAGAUGGUGCAGGCUCAGGCCGCCUCCGGGGAGGAGCUGGCUGUGGCCGUGGCGGAGAGGGUGCAGGACAAGGACAGUGGCUUCUUCCUGCGCUUUAUCCGCGCGCGGAAGUUCAAUGUGGCCCGUGCCUAUGAGCUACUCAGAGGCUAUGUGAAUUUCCGGCUGCAGUACCCUGAGCUCUUUGACAGCCUGUCCCCAGAGGCCGUCCGCUGCACCAUUGAAGCUGGCUACCCUGGGGUCCUCUCUAGUCGGGACAGGUAUGGCCGAGUGGUCAUGCUCUUCAACAUUGAGAACUGGCAGAGUCAAGAAAUCACCUUUGAUGAGAUCUUGCAGGCAUAUUGCUUCAUCCUGGAGAAGCUGCUGGAGAAUGAGGAAACUCAAAUUAAUGGCUUCUGCAUCAUCGAGAACUUCAAGGGCUUCACCAUGCAGCAGGCCGCCAGUCUCCGGACUUCGGAUCUCAGGAAGAUGGUGGACAUGCUCCAGGAUUCCUUCCCAGCCCGGUUCAAAGCCGUCCACUUCAUCUACCAGCCAUGGUACUUCACCACGACGUAUAACGUGGUCAAACCCUUCUUGAAGAGCAAGCUGCUUGAGAGGGUCUUUGUCCACGGGGAUGACCUCUCUGGUUUCUACCAGGAGAUCGAUGAGAACAUCCUGCCCUCUGAUUUCGGGGGCACGCUGCCCAAGUAUGACGGCAAGGCUGUUGCUGAGCAGCUCUUUGGCCCCCGGGCCCAAGCUGAGAACACAGCCUUCUGAGGACAUCUUCUGCCAGCUGAACUGUAGUUAGCAUCCCUGGGCCUCUGAGCUGUCCUGGACCCAAGGCUAAGAAAGGGCUGCUUGAGAUGACUGUGGUCCCUCUGGAGUUCCCUACGCCUGAGUGAGCUCAGGGGUAACCCUUGAACAAGAAGUACUGGGGGUAGUUAUAUUUCCACCCGUCCUUGAAACCUUAAGACAGUAAUUUCUGUGCGAUGUUGUAUUUCAAAGACUCUAGUUUUCUCAAUCAUUUCCUUUGUAAUAGAGUUUUGCGACUUAGGGUCUGAAAACAGGCAGGGAGCCUGGGUUAAAAUAUCCCCCUACUCACCCCAAAAAUGCAAUAAAAGAAGAUAAAAGAGGGAGGAAA